GAUCAGCAGCAAUAGAGACACAAAAUACAAGACAUUCAGUGUUUCUGUCAGUGAAUCUGGUCAAUCUGCAGGACUGCUGACUAUUGCUGUUACUGUUGCUGUUGCUCUUGUUUUUGGUGUUUUUAGUGUGAUUGUGUAUCGCCGCAUUAAUUAUGAAAGUCAGAAACGAAAGGUUAAAGAGAAGAUGGUGCCUAAGGGAGAUUCUGUCACUCUAGAGACUGAUGUCACUGAACCUCAGUCUGAUGAUGUCAUCGAGUGGAUCUUUAGAGAUGAAGUGAUAGCCACAUUCAAUAAGAACAACAGUGAUGAAGAGAGAUUCAUAGACAGACUGAAGAUGGAUAAUCAGACUGGAUCUCUCAUCAUCACAAACAUCAGAACAGAAGACGCUGGACUGUAUAAAGUAAAGAUCAGCAGCAGCAGUCGACUGAAAUCAUUCCUUCAGUUCAUCACCGGUGAAGGACCAUCAUACCGUCAAUUCAAUGUUAUUGUCACAGAUACAGUUGGUAAAGUGGAAAAUAAUUCUGUGACUCUGAACACUGAUGUUACUGAACUAAAGUCAGAUGAUGUGAUCCAGUGGCGGUUUGGAGAAACUCUCAUAGCUGAAAUCAAUAGAAAGAUCAACAAGAUCUCUAUACAUGAUGAUGAGAUAUUCAGAGACAGACUGAAGCUGAAUGAUAAGACUGGAGAUCUCACCAUCAGAGAUCUCAACACUGAACACACUGGACACUAUAAACUGAAGAUCAUCAACAGUAGAGGAACAUCAUUCACUCAGACUGAAGUUAAUGUCAUGGAGGGACUCAGAUCAGUAAAGUUGGCAGAUUCUGUUUCUCUAGGCAUUGAUGUUGCUGGCAUACAGAAUGAUGAUGUGAUUCAGUGGAGAUUAGGAGAUGAAGAAACUCCCAUAGCUGAAAUCACUGUAGGGACUGAACCCUCAUAUGAUGAGAGAUUCAGAGAGAGACUGAAGCUGAACCCUGAGACUGGAGAUCUCACCAUCUCAAACAUCACAUCUGAACUCUCUGGAGUUUAUAGAGCAAAGAUCAGCAGCAGUAGAGGAACAACAUACAGAACAUACAGGGUUAACAUCUCUGUGAUCGCUUAUAAGGGAGAAUCUGUCACUCUACACACUGACAGUAAAAUACAGAGCGGCAGUGAGAUCAAGUGGAUCUAUGAUAAGAUAACCUGUCUGGUCACUGGAAAGAAUGGAGAUGACAGUGAGACCAAAUAUAAAGAUGAUGUGAGAUUUACAGACAGACUGAAGAUGAAUCAUGAGACUGGAGAUCUCACCAUCACAGACGUCAUAGCGACAGAUGCUGGAGUUUAUAAACUACAAAUCAAGAGUAAAGAAAAGAUCUCAUUCAGGAUAUUCAGUGUUUUCUUCAAGGACAACACGGAUGAAAAAGAACAGGACGAACAGAAAUCAGUGUGUAAAUAUGAGAAUAAUUCUGUCACUCUGAACGCUGAUGUUACUGAACCACAGUCAGAUGAUGUGAUCCAGUGGAGGUUUGGAGAAACUCUCAUAGCUGAAAUCAAUAGAAAUAACAACAAGAUCUCUAUACAUGAUGAUGUUCUUGAUGAGAGAUUCAGAGACAGACUGAAGCUGAAUGAUAAGACUGGAGAUCUCACCAUCAGAGAUCUCAACACUGAACACACUGGACACUAUAAACUGAAGAUCAUGAACAGUAGAGGAACAUCAUACUCUCAGUUUAAAGUUUAUGUCAGGGAGAACAUCAGAUCAGUAGUUUUGGGACAUCCUGUCACUCUAUACACUGAUGUAACUGGAAUACAGAGAGGUGAUGUGAUUCAGUGGACAUUAGAAACAAAUAUUAAAACUCCCAUCGCUCAGAUGACUGUAGGGACUGAACUCUCAUAUGAUGGGAGAUGGAGAAGCAGAAUGAAGCUGGACCCUCAGACUGGAGAUCUCACCAUCACAAACAUCACAUCUGAACUCUCUGGAGUUUAUAGAGCAAAGAUCCACAGCAGGAGUAGAGGAACAGAAUACAGAACAUACAGGGUUAACAUCUCUGUUAUCGCUUAUGAGGGAGAAUCUCUCACUAUACACACUGACAGUAAAAUACAGAGAGGCAGUGAGAUCAAGUGGAUCUCUGAAGAUAACAUCAGUCUGGUCACUGGAAAGAUUGGAGUCAUAAGAGACACCAAGUUAACAGAUAAUGUGAGAUUCAAAGACAGACUGAAGAUGAAUCAUGAGACUGGAGAUCUCACCAUCACAAAGAUCAAAAAGACAGAUGAUGGAGUUUAUAAACUACAGAUCAGCAGUGAUGAUAAGAUCUCAUACAAGAUGAUUAAUGUUUUUGUCAACGACGGCCCUUCUCCAGAUCAGAAGCAGAACUCAGUGUGUAAAUAUGAGAAUGAUUCUGUGACUCUGAACGCUGAUGUUACUGAACUAAAGUCAGAUGAUGUGAUCCAGUGGAGGUUUGGAGAAACUCUCAUAGCUGAAAUCAAUAGAAAGAACAACAAGUUCCCUACAGAUGAUGAGAUAUUCAGAGACAGACUGAAGCUGAAUGAUAAGACUGGAGAUCUCACCAUCAGAGAUCUCAACACUGAACACACUGGACACUAUAAACUGAAGAUCAUCAACAGUAAAGGAACAUCAUACUCUCAGUUUAAAGUUUAUGUCAGGGAGAACAUCAGAUCAGUAGAGUUUGGACAUUCUGUCAUUCUAUACUCUGAUGUUACUGGAAUACAGAGAGAUGAUGUGAUUCAGUGGACAUUUGAAGAUGAAAAAACUCCCAUAGCUAAAAUCACUGGACUGAAUAAACCCUCAUAUGACUCGCCUGAUAAGAGAUUCAAAGAGAGACUGGAGCUGAACCCAAAGACUGGACAUCUCACCAUCUCAAACAUCACAUCUGAACUCUCUGGAGUUUAUAGAGCAAAGAUCAUCAGCAGCAGUAGAGGAACAGAAUACAGAACAUACAGGGUUAACAUCUCUGUGAUCGCUUGUGAGGGAGAAUCUCUCACUAUACACACUGACAGUAAAAUACAGAGAGGCAGUGAGAUCAAGUGGAUCUCUGAAAAUAACAUCAUUCUGGCCACUAUAAUGAAUGGAGUCAUAAUAGACACUAAAUAUAAAGAUGAUGAGAGAUUCAAAGACAGACUGAAGAUGAAUCCUCAGACUGGAGAUCUCACCAUCACAGACGUCAGAUGGACAGAUGCUGGAGUUUAUAAACUACACAUCAAGAGUGAAGAAAAGAUCUCAUUCAGGAUAUUCAUGGUUUUGAUCAAGAAUAAGGCUUCUGGAAAAGUAAAGGACAAACAGAAAUCAGAAUCAGCAGAAACUGAAGAAAAUAAAUCAGCAGCGGUUGACAAGCCUUCACCGAAUGAAGUAGAAAAUGAAUGAUCGAGGAUGAGAUAGAUGCUCAUCAUCACAUCUUUCACAUCAUCAACAUCUUCAGUAAUAAAACUGAUUUACUGUGUUCAUGAUCCGUCCUCUUUAAAAGAUCAUCUUCAUGUGUGCUGUUGAGCUCGACUGAUAAAAGCUUUUAGAGCUAAAGUAACAUGUUUUUUGAUAAACAGUGAAACAGAAUUUCAUUUAUUUGCCGUUGAAGAUGAUCUCUGAUCAGAAUCUGUUUAUAUUUUUAUAUUUCAUAUGUUACUCACUGCAUAGCAUAUGAUCAAUUUGACUGUCAUGUGUUUGAUAUUGUGUGACUGUAGACAGUAUUAAUUUAAAAUGUGAUGAUGAAGAAAUAUCAGCUACACAUGAAGAACAUCUUCAGACUUUCUCUAACCCGUCUCUAAUCUGAUUUUAUACACAUUUAUAUAACAACUCACUCCAAAAACAAGAUCAUGAUGAAGUUCAGAUGAGAUCACAUGACAAUCUGUGUUUAUCAUGUGAAGAAGAUUCUAGAAAAUACACAUGAGAAACAUUUUGAGCAUCAGUGUUAGAUUCUGAUGUUUGUUCUGUUUUUAUUGUUGAUAUUAUUUUAGUUUUUCAUGUACAUUAUAAUUUGCUCCAUUAUGAGCUUUACCAGCUGCUGUCCAUGGUGCUGAAUUAAUGGAUAUCGACCGUUCUCCAAUCAAUAAUUUAGUGUACACACGGACUGCUUCACUGCAUUAUGUGAGGUAGUGGCGAUCUUUAUCAAAUAAGCACUUUAGAAAUAGUUGAAGUUACAUUUAUUAGGACUCAUAGGAUACAAAUAAACCAAAUAGCAACUAAAUCCAACCAUUGAUAUAUACAAGUGAAAUGAAUGUGUGAACCCACAAUCUCAUGCUCAACCCUGUUACACUAAC